GAAAAACGCAUUUCUUGCACAUCCGGGCUUCCGUAGACAGCAGGAGCGAAAGGACCUGCUCGCUGCCACAUCCUGAGAGCAUCCUUUCCCUUUGAUUUCUUCUCAUCCUCACCCAAACACAGCGGAAUGACGGAUAAUCAUGAGGAUAGCAUCUCGCCACAAACCGGUUUGCGGUAGUAAAUUGUUACGGGUUACGUUAGCCGUUUGGCUAGCGUAAUGCUACACAACAUGAGGCUUUUUUUCUGAUAAAGAGCUGACAUAAUAGCCUGCCUCAGUCUGUGGAAACGAACAGGAUAGAGUUAUCUAUCACAGCGAGCUGGGCUGUUUUUUUUUAAACAAACAUUUCCUGCAACAAAAUGCCCAUUUGCAGCUUUUUUCCCUCCUCGGCUGAUGUGAAUGAAACCAGUGGUGCUCCAGUAUGAAGAUGUACAGAUAAAAGUGUUCGCCUGACAACAUCAAGGUGCCUGAGACUUUCCCUGGUUUAAGACUUAGAAAAGAGAAGCAGUAUUCUGGUGAUGACCAACCAACAAACUCUGCGAGUCUGACUAGCCUGAUGCCAUAAGAAAAGGACAUCUGGACUGGAAUGCCAGCGGGACCCACUCCACUGAUGAUGAAUGUUUGUCGGCAGCUCCCACUUGUGCGCCAUCACUUAUCAUUUGAAAGUUUAAAGUAUUAGUUAAUGGACUAAUUGGUCAUCGUAUACUAAUUGGACUGUCUUUUACCAUUGGGAUACCACAUGGCUGCAUCAUCAAUUUGGGACACUGGGAUAGUCACUGACCCAACAUAUGAUCACAUGCCCAUAUCAGCAAAGAUGUAUACAAAAUAAGGGCCUUACAUCUUAGAUUAUACUGAACUCCUCAUUUGUACUUAUUUGCUAUAUCUACAGUUAUGUACGUUAACAAAUAACUUCCUGGAUCAUCUCACUCAGGGACUGAGGUCGAUUACAACAUUUUCGUACUUUUGUCAUGCAGGGACUCUGGGGAUGCACCAGAAACAAGCUGGCAACUAAGACUUGGCAACUCAAUUGUAGCUGACUGUGUAGCCUUCCGAUCAUCAAUCAAUGACCCUAUGACCCCUGCAGAAGUCAGAUAUUUGGGUAUCAGCUAACCACAUGUUCUUACCAGAGAUCUAAUAGCAGCCGUCGGGAUGAGCGCAUGUCUGUAGCCGUGCCGCGCCAGCGUUGUCGAGGCUGGCGGUCAUCUUCCACGGCCAUGACCCGGCUGAUGUUGGGCAGGACUCUGGAGCGCAUCUGUAAAGGCGUCCUGCUGCUCUGCCUGCUCCACUUCCUCAUCAUGAUGAUCCUGUACUUCGACGUCUACACGCAGCGCUUUGACCUCUUCAGCCGCUUCAACAACGGUCGUAACGGAUCCAGGAAUAACGUUAGCGGACCAGCAGGGAGCGGACACCAUUUUUACUAUUACAACCUCUCCAGGCCCAACGCUACGUUAGCCAGCUACCUGGCCACAGGGGAGCAGCUGGUGCCGAGUGUUCAGCCCGAGACCAAUCAGACACCUUCCCCAAAACCGCUGCCGCCGUGCCCCGAGAUCCCACCAGGCCUUGUGGGGCGUUUGUUGAUCGAGUUCAGCUCCCAGAUGACGAUGGAACGAGUGCAGAAAGAAAACCCAAACGUGACAAACGGAGGCCGCUACACGCCUCCUGACUGUCGGCCUAGAUGGAAGGUAGCCAUCAUCAUCCCUUUCCGUCACAGAGAAAACCACCUUAAGUACUGGCUCCACUACCUCCACCCUAUCCUCAGACGGCAGAAGAUUGACUACGGCAUCUACACCAUCAACCAGUUGGGUGAGGACACCUUCAACCGUGCCAAGUUGUUGAACGUUGGAUACACGGAGGCUAUGAAGGAAGCAGAGUACGACUGCUUCAUCUUUAGUGACGUGGACCUGAUUCCAAUGGACGACCGCAACCUCUACCACUGCUACGACCAGCCAAGGCACUUCGCCAUCGCUAUGGACAAGUUUGGCUUUAGGCUGCCCUAUGCAGGGUACUUUGGAGGAGUUUCAGGCCUCAGUAAAAAACAGUUUCUGAAGAUCAAUGGCUUUCCCAACGAGUACUGGGGCUGGGGUGGUGAGGACGACGACAUCUACAACAGGAUCACUCUGAAUGGAAUGAAGGUCUCCAGGCCAGACGUUCGCAUUGGCCGCUACAGAAUGAUUAAACACGAGAGAGACAAACACAACGAGCCCAACCCACAGAGAUUUAAUAAGAUACAGAACACAAAGAACACGAUGAAGAAGGACGGCAUCAGCACUCUGACCUACAGACUGGUUCAGGUCAAAAGGUACCCGCUGUACACAAAUAUCUCUGUGGAGAUUGGCAAACCUCCGCCCCGGCCCUUUAAGGGCUAAUGAGAGAGGAAGAUGAGGGGGUCGACUCAGUGACUGGAGGGAAAAAGACAAGUAGUAGAAGAGUUUAUAGGAUGGAAAUAAAGAGAUCACAUAUCCUUGACAUCUGGAAAGAUGUGAAAGAGAGAGGAGUCAUAAUCACAUCAUUGUCUCUUUCUCUCUUUUUACCCCUCCCUUUGUUUUUCGGGGGGAUUUUAGCUUGCCAUUAACCAGAACUCAGGCUCUUUCCAACUUCGUCAAGCAGCCAAUGGCUUCACACCUCCUACCGUUACUGAUCAGUGACUUCAGAAUUGAAAGAGUGUGGACCAAAGCUUGAAUAUCGGUGGCUGACCAAAGGUGGCGUCAAACUUAGAAGCAGAUUUUUUAUUAAAAUCUUUCCAUUUCCAAUCUUCUGGCAUCCAGUGGCAUAUCGACAGAGGAUAUUGACAGGAACUAUUGCCAAGAGGGUUGAGAUGAGAAAACAACAUCAUUUGAAACUUUGGAAAAGUUUUCAUGGCCUGUUCUGUAACACCGGAAAGCAUCAAGGAUUUUUGGAAUAAUUGACCAAGUUCAUAUAAGCAGAAUGAAAAAGAAAAAUGUCUUUGUACAUGGAGACAGACACGAUACGUGGUACUUGCUGGUUUGGAUAUUAAAUAUCAGGGAAAUAACACUCCUGGUGGACAACAAACCUUACAAACGCCAUAAAACAUUUUACUUUACAGUGAAGAGAGAAGAGGAGGGGGAUUUCUGUUAGAGGCAAACUAACAUUAAAGAAAUAUGAUGACAUGCAGUGACGGUCCAUGGAACUGUAACUGAUGGAUUGCAUAUCAAAGACAUCAUCUGACUCUCGUCUUUACAAAUGAUGCCAAUAGACGUUUUAAUAUUGAGGUCUUUGUCAGGGAGUUUGAGUCUAAUUACUCAAUCAAAUCCUCCGUUAUCAAUAAAUGAAUGUGUAUUGUGCCUGCAUCUACAGUGCUGGGACACGCUGAUAAAACAUGUUCAUCAGCAGCAACAAUCUCCUGAGAACACUUUUUGUUCUCUUUAUUUAUAUAUAUAUAUAUAUAUAUAUAUAUAUAUAUAUAUAUAUAUAUAUAUAUAUAUAUUAAACCGAAAAUGUGUGAUGGAUAGGUUUUGCAACAAAAGUAAACAUGUUGAAGAUAUGACUUGUUUUCUCCUGUGCUGAAUCCAGGGUUGUGGAGCUACCUUGGGAAUGCUUUUGAAAUGAAAUCGGGGAACGGAAGACAACAAGGCCGAUGUACACUGACAGCUCAGUCAUGAUUUUAUCCCAUGAUUUUAUGAUUUCUUAAAACAAGAUUCAUAUUUUGGUAACCUCAGCUGUAAAGGUGGAUUUGGCUUGAGGUACAGUUUUGAUUAAGUAGAAAUAGACAUUUUUCACUAGAAAGUUGAACAUCUAACACAAUUUCUGAACGUACAGUAUAUGGGAAACACGGCGUUAAACUAAGCUGUCUGAAAAGACUCAUGGCACAUUAGGUGUUGUCGAUACAAAAGCUAACUUAAAACUGUCUUCACAGAAAUGACCAGGUGAUAAAUAAUUUUCUUAGCCUACAUUGUAACCUGGACAACGUUUUCACAAAGUAUCACAAGUCAUAAAAACUCUAUUGAUACUGUUACAAUGCCGUGUUCCCUUUCUCUGCUAUCUUUUUUUAAAAUUGAUAUAAAAAGACGAGCACAUCCGGAAAGAGGAAAUUAUGAGGCGGUAGUCUUCUGGUGGUGGAUAUUGUGAAUUUUAAGGCAGUAAUUUGAAGCUGUUUUUUGAGCAGUUUGACUGACAUCUCUAUUGCUGCUUCAGAUUUUAUCAUCAGCUGUCAGUUCUGUAUUUCAUCGCACUUAUCUAUAGAUGACGGAUACAUUUUUUUAUUGUUUUUAUUUUCAAACUUUUUGUCACAUGAGUUUCCUAACUGUCCCUGUGUAAAAAGAAACAAACUAAAUUUCUGAUUAUGAUUUCCGACAUCAGCGUAUUGAAACCGUUUUAUGCGAUUCUCUAUCACUCUUCAUCCUUCGUUUAUUUUUGCUUGUCUCUACUGUUGUUGUUAUUGUCGACGCCUAAACAGCAAACUGAUGCCUUCAGAAGUUAUCUAAACUAAAGGGGCAAGUAAGGUUUUUUUUUUUCUAUUUCAAUGAUCAUUUUUGGGUGUAUAACUAAUCGAUGAUGAUGUGUUUUUUAAGACUGGUAGUACAGAAAUGAACUUAUAUUUGUUUGAAUUUUUAAAAAUCAUGUAAAACCUACACAAAGUUUUUCCACCAAUCUUUGAGAUUUUAAACAGACAGAAGAUGUGUGUGCAAUGCUGUAACUGUUUGAAUUGUAUAUCAUUCAGAACAAGUUGGGGCUUUUAUUUUGGUGAAAAUGGUGUAUUGUUGGCCUCCUCUUUGAUCAGCCUUGAGGCAAAAAUGUUCCCAUCUGUUUGGCUCUCCGUCAUCUUUGCCUGAGCCUGUUGGAAGGUUUGAUUACUCCUCUCAUUCUCUCUCUCUUUCUCUCUCUCGCAUGCACACGCACACGCACGCACACACCCCUUCACACUGUCUUCCUUUUUUCUUUGCAUUAUCUCGCCUUUCAUUGCCUUUUCUUUCUUACACUGCCAGUCCAGGCUGUCUGUGUCAAUGGCACUGUUUUGCUUUGUGGUUGGCCAACUUCAGGCGCAGCUUUGUCUCACAAGAGUGCUUCUUCUUUUAAUAGAUAUCGACAGGGCCUCUCUUUGUGUCUCUGAAUCUGUGCCACUUAUUGUAUCUUUAUUUUUCUAUCUCAGAGUGCAGAACUCUCUUAGGGAGUUGUCCUCAGUGGGCAGGCUACCUAUGGAGAAGUCAAUACAAUCCCUUCUUCAUACUAUAGCUCAUCCAGUGCAAUAUUACAGAUUUGUUCCCAUCUACCAUUUAUCUAGCUUCAAAGUCAUUGUUUCAAGUGUGGCAUGAGGUGAUAACAUGUUUUAAAGGUUGGAUUCCUUUCAGUUUAUAAUGCAGUCAUGCUUCUUUUCCCAAAUAGAUUUCUUCCUCUUUGCCUCUAAUUCAUCUUAUUGAUUUUAAACCCUUGUGAUCAGUACACAGUAUACACAAUUACAGCUGUUGCUUUGAUUUUUUUUCCCCUUCUUACAGUAUUUAAGCAUUAUUUUUCUACUUUCAUAAAGUUAGGUGACUUUUGAAAAAUAAAGAAAUGGUUCAAAUUGAAGUAACAGAGGCCGAGAUAUCCUGACUUUAGUCCAGAAUAAGAGCCUAUCUCAUUAUUUUUUCCCAUAGACAAUGUAACUCACAGCACUUCUACUGCUUGGAUUAGCAUGAAACUUUUCUGGUGAAAUCAUCAGAACAAAAGAUUAACAACGGUGUUAGAACCAUUGUGUUCUUUUCUAGUCUAAAAGAUUGUACAUAAAAACAUUGGUGGAGAUGUUAACUACAUCUCUCAACAUAUAUUUUGGCAAGAAACAUCCAAUCAAGACGCUGUUGAGAUAAAAGAUUUUCCAGUCUACAGCUUAUGGAUGGGGACUUAAUGACCCCCAUUAAUUCAUUUUGGAUUUUUGGGUCAAGCGAGGACAAAUUUGCCAACUACUGGCGCUGUGUUCUGUUCACAAAUUCAAGUUGGAAAAAAUACUUCUGGAAAAAGAAUAUUUUUCCACUUCUCAACUCUAUUAUUUGACUCUCAAAAUACAUUCAGGUCUUGCUCCCUCCACAGAAGACAUUACACAACUGUUUUUACAGGAUGUGUACUCCUCAUUGAACUUUAAAAUUACAGUAGGAUCAAUUCCAGCUUCAUCAAGGCUGUUCUGACAAAUUACAGGCAACCCUUUAUGCGGUCAGUUACAUGAGAAAGUACAAGCUGAGACACAAUAAAGGAAAUAGAAAGAGAGGCCCCAGUGUGCAUAAACAGUAACUUGGGAUAUAGAUUUAAAAGAUCAGCAACAAAAACUCCAGCAAAAAUAGUAUUUGAAAGGUUUCCUUUACUUGAGAAUGAGAACAACUAAGGAGCGCUUGAUGUUUCUUUUAAUGGACUCUUGACUUUUGAAGAUGUUCCAGAUGUUAAGCACACCUCAGGUGGUGAAGAAACUUUGUUUUUUUUCAAAUACAUUUCUUGCUGCAAAGAGCAGAAAGGACUUUCAGGCCUCUGGGCAUUUAAAAAAAAUAAUACUGUAUCUCUAGCUGUUUUUUGUACAUUGAAUGUUGAAAAUGUUAUAUCUUAUAUAGAAUGCAUUACGUCAUAUCAAACCUACUUUUUCUAUACAAUCAAUAAAUCAAAUGGUUAAAAGUUG